AUGCGAACGAUUGCCAACGACGUCCCAAUUGACAUCUGGCGAAUCAUAGCCGACUUGGUCCUGCACAACUAUCCGAAGACUUUCCAGGACCUUAUCUCCGUGAAUAGCGCGCUGUUCAACAUAGUUCUGGGCGAGAGGUAUCGUGAGGUGCGAUGGGUGAAGCUGGACAAACCAAUGGCUCGGAUGCUCGCACGUCUCCAAGAACCUCUAAUAGCCAGCCACGUCAAACGGCUGCACAUCCGAGCCUGGUUCAUCAACUAUCUCUUGAAACGUGACGCCCUCUUCCGCAAAUCCUCUAACUCACUUAGCGGCAAAACAGCCAAAUGGACGUCCGCCCUUUUCUCUACCAUCACACCAGUGCGGCAACGCCAUCAAGGGCUGUACGACCGCACCUUUGUCAAGGGACAACUCGUACCAAUCCAUGAUAUCUCUUCCAAGGAAAUAAUGAAAGCCAUGAUCAAAGCUGUGACAGGCAUGGUGAAUGUAAUGGAAUGCAACUUCGAAUGGGGGGAUCUCCCCUUGAACAAGGAUACCAGCAAGUUUCUCUCUUCCGCUCGCAAGGCUUUCGGGGGUAGCCUCCGUAAACUCGUUUUGCGUGCGGAAAUACUCAAGUUCCAGGAAAUACUCGCCAUCACGGAUUUCGAGGAACACCUGGACGAGUUGGACUUCCAUUUCGACUAUACGCCUGCUGUGGGAGCCUCGCAGGCCGACGCAGAUGCCUGCAAAGUUGCACAAGCUCAAGGGCUCUUAAAUACCAUUGUUCCCUUCCUCGACAUUCGACGUUCCGUUCUCCGUUCACUGACCAUCUCAUCCUCCGCCCAAGUCGACCUAUCCGCGUUCUUCCAAGCACUAGGGUCUUUCCCCCGCUUACGCAGCAUCUCCGCGCGGAUCUGGUUCGACAAUACACACUUAUCCGACCCCUCUGGCCUCAUCAACCUACUGACCACCCACUCAACUACCCUCCUUAACGUCGAGUUGAAGCCAAACUGGCCUACAAACCUCAUCCCCUUCUCCACAAGGAAUAUGAGUCUAGAAAAUUUGCAAAUAUCUUGGGGCCCUACGAAAGAAUUGCUCCUAUAUAACGUCAGGGCGCUUUAUGGGCUUGAGUCGUUAACGUUGCAUUGUCACAACGUCGAGAAGAUCCUUCCUCUUCUCCACCGCUCCAGGGACACCUUAACCCGGCUUAGUCUCAUAAACAGAUAUCUCAAAUUUGACGAGGUCAAAGCCGUAGCCCAGUUGUUCUCCCACCGUGAUUAUUCUCUCAAGUCUCUCCACAUCGAAGUUCUGGAUAUGAGCGCAGACCUUAUCGGACUUCUGGCCACCACUCUCCCAGGGCUUCUUUCGCUCUCCGUUGUUUUUGCGGAGGACGGAUGGAACGGCCUUACAUUCGUAUCUGACUUGAUAAAUCUCCGACACCUGAAGCAGUGGUCUCUCGUGAAUCUUGCUGUUUACCACGGUACUAUCGUUGGCCGAAACUUGAUGGCAGGAUUUUGA